ACUCCUUCCUUUUCCAGUCCAAUGAUCUCCUUUGGAUAGAUAUCCUUCUGAACGGCCCAUAAGAUGACCUUCUUGGCUGCUUCUAGUUCCUCUGAGGUGUCUGUCAUCAAGUAAAAGAUCAAGGGCACAAUAUUGCGCCUUUGUGAUGUAGUCCUGAGUCCCAUGAUGUGUGAUGUGUGUAUGUCAGUUAGCCAAGGAGCCUCUCUGUGCUUGAUGUGCUGUUGGUCGGGUCUUCAAUAUAUGCAGUUAGAAACAUAACGUCAUCCACCUUGCAUUACUUGGCAGUGUAAACGCCACAUGGUGUCAGAAGAAAUGUGGAUUUGAGCAAUGGAAUGUCAGACGUGAAAAAGAAAGAGCCCAAGUGUGCAUUGCCAAAGCAAAGUUUAUUCCACCAGAGCAGUUUGACUUCUCAAAGCCCGGAGUAUGGCCUGACUGGAAGCAACGAUUCAUAAAGUGUAACAGGACCACAAACAGUGAAAUGGAGAUUUUACUUGAAGACGGAAACAGCUCAUCACCAAACCUCGAGUACAAGGGAGUUCACCAAGCUUUUAAGGAUCGCUGGAAAGAGACAGAUGACACAAUGUGUCGGCACAGCAUGUCCUUUCACUUACAUCACACAGUGAGGAGCGACUUCUUUGCCAGCUACCUGUACCUUUUGGAGACUAUUCCUCUUGUGAAACUGUUUCCUGUCACAUGUGAGUACAUCCAAGGAGUGAAACAGUUCUACUAUAGAGCUCAACAGUUCUAUGAGGGUGUACCAGCCUCAGAAGAGGGAAUGAUGGGAGACUUUGUGGAGAUAUCCAAUGUGGAUCUAGAAGCUUCCCGCCAGUUUCUAAAGAGGUUUGUGCUUCUCGUCAACCCUCAGCCUCCAGAUGCAAAGUUGAGGGCCCAGUCCCGGAAAGGGUCUCAAGUGCCGUGGCCACGGUCUUUGCCUGGAUGUCAACUCAGCCCCUGGAAACCUCAGGAGGUUGCCACGUUAUCUAGGGCAGAACAACACAUUUCUUUAUUGGAAGCAAAGGGCCCUGGGAAAGCUGGAAAUCACUGCGCCCUGGACUGUGGCUCCGGUAUUGGCCGUGUGACCAAAGGAGUUCUACUUCCAGUGUUUGAGAAAAUGGAGAUGGCAGACAUGAUGGAGCACUUCCUCCUCCAUGCACAUGAGGAUUACCUCGGUGAUGAUGCAGACCGCAUUGAGACCUACUAUUGCUAUAAGCUACAAGAAUUUACACCUCCAAAAAGCAAGUAUGACAUCAUCUGGAUGCAGUGGGUGGCAUGCCACCUGACAGACAAAGACCUGAUGAACUUCCUUAUUCGCUGUAAGAGGAGCUUAAGUUUAAAUGGUGUUAUUAUAGUAAAAGAUAAUAUGGCACGACAGGGCUGCAUGUUGGACCCCAUUGACAGUAGUAUUAGUCGACACCUGGACAUCAUGAAGAGCAUUAUAUACAAGGCUGGCCUCGAGAUCUUGUCUGUUGAAAGGCAGGAGGGAUUUCCAGAUGUCAUGAUGCCUGUAUGGAUGAUUGCAAUGAAAUAAAAGUUAGGCUGGAGGCAAUUAAUUUUGAUUAGACAGAUGUAUUUAGUUCGUAUAGUAACCUGGAUCUUAUUUUGAUAAUAGGCAUCAAAACACAGUCAACAUUUUUCUCAUUUUCAUUUUAUUUUAUUAUUUUGUUGUCAAAGGUUCCUCGUGUUUGUAUCGGUGGAUUGGCAACACAAAGAUAUGCCAAUUCAUGGCAGGGAUGAAAAUUAGAUCAAGUGACAUUUGAAUCUUCCUCACAGUAUUUUUGAUGCAUUUAUACAUGCUUGUGUCUCCACUUAUAAUAGCUAGUAAUUAACCAAAAGCUAAGGACAUCUUGCGAAGGUUUGUCUUAUGAAAACAGUUGUUUGAAUUCAA